AAGAUUUCUACUUUCCAAUCGUUUCAAACUUCAUUUCCACAUUUUAUGUCUAUUUGUUGACUAAUUACUCAAUUAUUAGAAAUCUUAUGACUUUAUUGUGAAAAGUGAUGCAUUUUAUUAGAUUCUCUCAGCUUUUAUGUUAAGUACAGAAUAUUUUCAAUUCAUUAAUAGUGAAGUGAAGUGCAGACUAUGGAAGCGUCGCAAAGCUUUAAGAACAGGACAAUGGAGUCGUCUAUUGUCAUGGAUUCGUCCACAAGACUCAGAGGUUCAGUGGUCGUGGAAAGGGGUCAUCAGAGGAAAACGUCCGGCUCUUUCAUCCACGACAGCAUCAACAGUAGUGUUGACUUUCCCGCAUAUAUUCCGUGGCAAACACUCUCUACAGACCUAUCGGACAGACUUCGUCAGGGAUCCGUUAGAAUAAACAGAAGUAAUAUCGUGGAGUGGGCCACCAUUAAGGAGGAGACUGAAAGAAGUCCACUACUGGACCAAUUGGCCCGAAAGUAUGAGCCCACCAGUGCUUCCGAUGACAGCAGCGGAUCUGAUUAUAGCAAACCCGGAGUGACUGAAGCAUUACGAGGAGGGUCGAGUUGGAGAGUGGGUGCCUUCCUCCUAGUAAACGCUGCAUUGGGGGCCGGGGUUCUCAACUAUCCGGUUGCUUACGAUAGAUUGGGAGGUCUGACAGCCGCUACUUUAGUUCAAUUGGUCAUAAUUGCAAUGUUGGCGACAACAAUGUUAAUAUUAAUAUACUGUUCCGAUAUUAAUAAUGACAGCACUUAUCACGAUGUCUUACUGUCAAUGUGUGGUAAAAGAGCUCAACAAUUAGCCGCCGCCUCUAUUAUGUGCACCUGUUUUGGCAUUAAUGUCACGUUUCUUAUCAUAAUUGGUGACCAAUAUGAUAGAAUGUUCGCGACAUACAUGGGGCCACAGUUUUGUCAUACAUGGUAUCUAAACAGGAAUUUCACAAUAUCUAUCACAGCUAUUGUAUGCAUUUGGACGAUGUGUUACUUUAAAAGACUAGACUUCUUGAGAUACGCGAGCACUCUCGGAGUUUUUGCAAUGCUUUACGUGGUGUUUUUAAACGUUUACGAGUAUCUAAUACUGGACACUAAACCCGGUCCAAUCAAGACAAGCCCAGGCAGUAUGGUGAGCUUAUUUGCAGCCCUUCCUGUCGUGUGUUUUGCAUAUCAGACACACGAAAUAGUGGUUCCGAUCUACGCCUGUAUGGCUGACCGAAAACUCAAGUCUUUCUCAAAAGCCACAGCUUUGGCACUCUUCCUCCUAUUCUUUCUGUACUGUCUUUCCGGUACUUUCGGUUACUUGACUUUUGGUGCUUAUGUAUCACCAGAUAUAAUGCAAAUGUUUGACGCAAGAGAUCCAGUAGUGGCCGCAGGAAUAUUUGCUUUAAUAAUCAAAAUGAUCACAACAUACGCGCCCCUAAUGUUCUGCGGGAGGGGAGCUCUGGACGGACUGUACGCCGAGUUGUCUAAACUGUCGGCCGAAGACUUCAUUGGAGGAGAGCUGAGGCGUCGGAUCAUUAUAACGAGUGUAUGGAAUGCAGUGGUACUCCUCUUAUCAAUAGUCACGCCUAACAUUACCAUUGCUAUCGAACUCUUGGGUUCAUUGGCGUCGUGUAAUGUGUUUGUCUUCCCGGGGCUCUGUAUGGUAGCGCUGGCCAAACGUAUGUCCCGUUUGGGCACUAAUGUGCUCUUCAGCAAAGCCCUCCACAUCUACGGCCUUCUGGUCAUACUUACGGGUGCUUUCAUUUUCGUCAUUGUCUUCAUACAAGUCAUCAACGACUUGCUCUACUCGGAAGGAGAAGCACUUCUUUGCAAAUAACAUACCAUUCCUUCAUUCAUUCAGACUGACCCUUUUGAGCCGUAUUUUUAUAUAAUAUAAAGUUUUCAAAGUGUUGUCAUCUCUGCAGUCAAACACUCGAUAUAUAGUUUUAAU